AUGUUUCGUCCCUACGAGUACGGCUGCGCUCGCUACAAACCAACUCUUCGGGUACUUUUUCAAAUUCAUAUUGUUGUAUAAAAAUGAUUGAAUUAGAAUAAAAUUGAUCGACGAUUAAGCUUGUUUGCGUAGUCAUAUCGACGUUGCUGCUCUUCGCAGAAUGCUACUUAUCUGCCUACGACUACAUCGUUUUUCGAGAAACUGGAAAUCCUGUCAGCGCAGUUCUUUCAGGUAUCAAGAGCAAUCAGAUAAAAGCAUACAAGCUGUUCAACGAUAGUCUCAAAAAUCUUUCAGAGAUACAUGGACUAUUUUUCUGGGAUUUAGUUUCAGUAUAAGCUAUUUUUCAGGGACUUUUGCAUUGCAUGGAAUUCUGACUCUACUCUACAUCUUGGGCGCGGUUCGAGGCAUCGGAUCCUUCAUGAUGCCUUGGCUCACCGCUCAGCUUAUUUUCGUCACAAAUUUACCUUAUUUUCGUCAUCGUUUGGUGGAUUGUCACGAUCCUUUCAUUUUUUGAAAUAAUUCGGUACGACGCCUACACCGUCGAAAGUAAGUCCAAUCUUUUAAGCUUCCUUUUUCGUCACUAGUCAAUUUCUUUAUCAUCAUGCAACAUUUUGAAUAUCUCAACUUAUAGCAAGUCUUUCGAACGGCGAAUUCUUCGUACUGGCAGGCAGUUUCCUGACUUUGUUGUUUGCUGCCACGGCAAAGCUUUCGAUUCUUCUCUACAAAGGAUACGUCGACGUCGAAGCUCAGAAAUUCGUUCACCUGCGGAUAAGCGAGGCUGUAGAACGGAAAAUUUCAUUUCCCUACCCUAAGCCGACAUAUGUUUGA